GGCACUAGCAAUAGAGAGAGAGAGAGUCUGAUCCAGAGGAGGGCAACAUGUGAAACAUUCUCUAUUCUGGAAAGAGAAAGAUAACCAUGGCAACAGGAACAUUGACCAACUAAGAGUGAAAUAACAGAAAAGGAGAGCCAAGCUUUCUUUUGGAAGGGACGACAAAAAGAAAAUCGUACAGAUCCCUGGAAACAGGUGAUGCUCUGGGACAGAUCAUGUCUGAAGUACAAGGAACCAUUGAGUUUUCCGUUGAAUUGCACAAGUUCUACAACGUUGAUCUCUUUCAGCGAGGGUAUUACCAGGUGCGCACAGCUCUGAAAAUCCCACCCCGAAUUCCUCACAGGCUGACAGCAACACUGACAGGACCCACAGGUGAUUCGGUCCCCAGUCCACCCUUCAUUCAUGACAGCACAGUCUACAGCAAGAUAUUCCAGAUCUUGUACAGAAAUGAAGAGGUCGUAGUGAACAACUCUAGCCUUUUCAGAGUUCAUCUCUUGUUGGAUGGAGAAAGGGUGGAAGAAGCCUUGAAUGAAGUAGACUUCCAGUUGAAGCUUGAUCUGCAUUUCACAGACUCUGAACAGCAGUUGAGUGACAUUGCAGGAAUACCCUUGAUCAGCAGCCGGAGGCUGGGUCUUCACUUCCAUCCAAGGAGGGGCUUACAUCAUCACGUACCUGUGAUGUUUGACUAUUUCCAUCUCUCUGUCAUAUCCGUGACAGUGCAUGCAUCGCUUGUUGCUUUACACCAACCGUUGAUAAGUUUCCCUCGACUAAGCAAAGGGAUCUGGCUUGGGAAAAGUGGUCAGGAGAUGGAACCGAAUGUAUCAAAUCUGAAUCUUGAAAACCUCAUGUUUGGGUCUAGCUACUACAAGCAGCUUACAGUUGAGGGGAACACAAAUGUCACCUCUGAGGAUUGUAUGCAGCAUGUAUACCGAUGGCAUGAAAAUCUCUGCCGAACUUUACUUUCUGCUUACAAAGGACUUCUUUGCUACUUCAGUGCAAUCAUGAAACAGAUCCCAGAACUUCAUCAGAUUCAACUGGAGGACUGCCUCAUCAAAGAAACAUUGUGCCAGCUUCGCAUUAACUUGCAGAUGUUCAACAACCCAGACAAAGUGGCAGAACAGAUCAGCAGGGACCUGGCCCAGCUCUGUUCCUGCCUUGCAGCGCUGUGGAGUCAGUUUCUAGACAGUAUGACACACCAACCAGACGUUACAGCCUUCUUAAGCCAAGAUCAUCACAGUCUGAGGGUAAGAAGAUUCUCAGAGGCUUUCUUCUUCAUGGAGCACCAGAAGCAGAUGGCACUUACAUUCCAGGAAUAUGUAAUCCAAAGGCACAGCCAGAUUGCAACAGCUGUCAGAAAUUCAUCCUACCUCACCAGUAUGCCUCCACUGCCCAUUGAGUGUCUGGAUAUAGAUGGAGACUGGAGUAAUCUUCCUAUUAUAUUUGAAGACCGAUAUGUAGAAUCUGUUUCUAAAGCCAACCACAUGUUCGAUAAUGGUGCAUCGAACAGGGAAAUGGGACCCAAGGUGAAUCAUGUGUCGGAUACAAACAUUUCAGAGUUUGGAAGUUUACCCAUUGAAGUGAAAGGAUACCAGCAAAUACGUGAUGGUGUUUUGAAUUCUGAGGCCUUGAAGGUGCUUGCGACAAGAACAUCUGGAACACAGACACUGAAUGAAACUGUUUCCUUGGAAACGAUGUACAACUCUGUGGAUUUGGCUGCUUUUGUCAGCCAAGAAUAUGAUGAAUUUAGUGAAAAUGAAGUCAAAAGUAUUCAGAACUCAGAAGCAGAUAGGUUUGUUGGACCGUAUCAAGGGGAGCUCUCGACAAUCUAUGAAAAUCAUUCUGAAUCACUCCGAUUGAAUGAAAAGUCACUGAAUCCUGAGCAGCAAGAAACUGUCUCUGAAUGUAAUGAUGCCAAAUUAGUCAAACAGUUGGGAUCAACGUCAGGCUUGAUGUACAUUGAGGUGAAACCCAGCACCAAGGAUCCUUAUCAUGGUGAGACUGUGUUAGUCUGCUCUCCAAAUAGAACAAAUACCAGCGAAUGCUCCGUCUCUAAUGACACUGAAAUUAGUGAGAAGGAAGAAUUUAGUGAAUUAGGUUUGGACUUGCCCUAUUCUGUUGUUAACUCUGAGCAUAUGGACAGUGAGUCUUUUGAACACGAAUCUUUAAGAAGGAGGAUAGAGAAUGCCGACUAUCCCAUUAUAUCUGGGGCCAUGAAACGAUCUCUUUCAUUAAUAUCUGAUUCGGGAAUAGAGAGUGAGCCUAGCUCCGUGGCUUGGUCAGAGAUGCGUAAACCACUGGAUUCAUCUAGUGACCGGGACCUUGUGCACCAGAUAAUUAGAGCACAAGCAAUCCAUAGGAACUCACUGGAGGGUGGUCAGACUGAAAGUGGCACCAGUUUGCCCAGUGGGAUUCAGGCUUCUUUGACAUCAAUCAGUUCAUUACCUUUUGAGGAUGAAGAGGAGGUGGAACUCAGCAAAUUGACCAAAUCUGUUUCAGCCCCACAGAUCAGCAGCUCAGAUCAAACAGGUGAAACCCCAGAAUCUUUACUACAGCAACAGAUAGUUGAUGAAAAUCAAUGGCUGAAUAUGAAUUCCUCAGAGAAUGAAAAGGAAGACCAACAUGACAUGCGUUCAGUUCAAAGAAACGACAGUGAGGAUUCUAAUUCUCUCUCAGAUAAAGAGAUCCUGCCAAAGCAUUUAGAAGAUUCAGUACUGAAUAGUAGCAGCAAAAUGGAGCCCAUCAAAAAUGCUCUCGUUCUGGCAAGAGACCAGUGGUGUUCCUCUGAAGUGAAUAAUAAUAUUGACCAGCCUCCAAAUGUAUUCAGUGCUGAUAGCCAAAGCGAUUCGAUAAGUCACAGUGUUAAAGAGCUUGAAAGUAAGGAGGUAGAGUUUAAUAGAUUAUUAGAUACAGAUGUUAACAAUUCUGACCCUGACAGUCACACAGAAGAGAUUAAAUUUCUUCCUGCUGAGCUGCAAAAUGGUGAUCAUGAAUCAUUUGGUGACAAAUUGCCAAAUGCUGUGUUUGUGCCAAACAGCAGUGAUGAGACAACGUGUAAAUUGGCAACACAGCCUGACCUGCUGACUGAGCCUUUGGAGCUGACCAAAGCUACGGUCAGUGAUGUCCUCUUGCUUGACAGAACAUGUCAUGAAGAAGCUCCGUGCCUACACGAAGGAAAACGAGAAAUGGGGCAGCAGUGUGAUAGCUGUACAGGAGUACAGGAUGGGGGUGAAAACCUAUCAAUGGAUACCAACAACGGUGAACUUCAGCCUCUGGUUCAUGGUGGAAAUUCCUCUGAAACUGGUAACACAGGCAUCGUCUUUGAGAAGAGGAACGUGGUUGAGGUGGUGAAUCUUUCUGUUUCGUGCACAGCCACGUGCCUGCCAUUUUCUUCCAUGCUGAGGGAUUCUCCAGUUUCCUUUCCCUCAAAGCAGUUAGCGUCUCCCAUUACUAGACAGCCCAUUGGCUCAUUUGGCGUUGUCUCUUCUACUUCACAGGAUGCUGAUGCAGAAACCAAUGAGAGAAUGGUGAGUUUUGUUCAGGCCAAAGACGAGUUGCUAAAGGGGCUGAAGUUCGAAGGGUUGUUGUACAGUGAUCUGCCUCUUCUGGCUUCCGAGAUCCCUUAUUUCACUCCAGAGGAAGAGGAGGAGGAGGUGAAUUUGGAAGAGGGAAUCCACCUGAUUAUCUGUGUUCAUGGAUUAGACGGUAACAGUGCAGACCUGAGACUUGUGAAGACAUUCAUUGAGCUGGGACUUCCUGGUGCCAAACUGGAUUUCUUAAUGUCCGAAAGGAACCAGAGCGAUACCUUUGCUGAUUUUGAUGCAAUGACUGAUCGACUCUUGGAUGAAAUUAUUCAACAUAUCCAUCUCUACAAUCUGACAAUAUCUAGAAUAAGCUUCAUUGGCCACUCACUGGGCAACAUCAUCAUUCGCUCAGUGCUGACACGGCCAAGGUUUCGAUGCUACCUGAACAAGCUGCAUACGUUCCUAUCCCUUUCUGGACCACAUCUGGGAACACUUUAUAAUAAUAGCACAUUGGUUAGCACAGGUCUUUGGCUCAUGCAGAAGCUGAAAAAGUCUAGCUCACUGUUACAAUUAACCUUCAAGGACCAAGCUGAUCCGCGCAAGACUUUUCUGUAUAAACUCAGUGAAAAGCCAGGGCUGCAGUACUUCAAGAAUGUCAUGCUUGUGGCAUCAACGCAGGAUCGAUAUGUUCCUUUUCAUUCUGCCCGGAUUGAAAUGUGUAAGACAGCACUAAAAGACAGACAGACUGGUUCUGUCUACACUGAAAUGAUCAACAAUCUCCUUCGGCCGGUGACAGAGACUGAGGACUGCACUUUGAUACGCUAUGAUAUUUUCCACGCACUGCCAAACACUGCCAACGCAUUGAUUGGACGAGCAGCUCACAUUGCCGUCCUUGACUCUGAACUGUUCCUGGAAAAGUUUUUGCUGGUAGCAGGUCUAAACUACUUCAAGUAGCGCCCCAAGUUUCUCCUCCUCAUUCGGAGCACCCCAAAAUAUUCCAGCAUUUUCAGAUGUUUUCUUGUAGGAAAGCACUGACUUGAGUCGGUUUUGAUUCUUGAUUACAAACAUUCAUUUAUUAACCCAUGUGAAAAACAUGAUUGUAUUGUAAAUAGUACGAAAAAUAAUUUACAUUUCAGAUUAAAUCUAUCUAAAAAUACUUUCCUGCCUUAAAAUACAUACAGACAUUGAGCAAAGGCUUUCUAUGAGAAGCAACUUGAGUAGGAGAUUCUGAUUUAUCUUUUAUUUAUUGUUUAACUGUCAUGUGUCUAUCUCCAAGUGAUAAAAGAUGAAUGUUUGUUGCUUCCUCUGGAAUAAACAUGGCACUGCAUUGGCUCCUCAGACAGAAACUCAUAAUUUUGAGUAGAGCCAAAUGCAAUGAAUGUCUUAAGAUACUUGCAUGCCCGUACCUGUGCCAGUUUAAUCCCGAGUGCCCCCUACAACAGUCCAUUUCCCCUUUAUGAAAACCAUUCCAUGCAAUGAUGAGGGACCUGUAUAAUAAUGAGUGAAGAAGAAUAAUCACACGUGGGCAGUGUUAUUGUAGGCUUAGGUGAUAUCAAUUAGUGUGCAAAUGGUUCCUGACUCCCAGCUAUGAGUUUGGAAAAUUAAUCACUCCCUUGUGCCUGCUGUUUCUUGUAUUAGUUAGUGUGAAGGGCGCCCCAGGGUUUUUCAUUAAUUUUUCAUUAACAUAUGGAUUAAUUUUAUUCAUAACUCAGCAAAUGCAAAGGCUGAUGACUUUGUGAGUCUACCUUGGUUGUGUUGAGUGAGUGAUUCAUGACUAAAGUAAAACCUGAUCAUUGUGAGGAACAUCAAUACUGUGGAAUGGAAUAUUAUUUUGCUAUGGCAGAAGUGGGUACUGCAAAUGCUGGAGAUUAGAGUCAAGAUUAGAGUGG